UCGUUUACCCAUGGUGCCGUAGAACUGUUUGCGAACCCUGGCAUGGAAGAUGCCAGUUUGGGCGAGAGCUGGUCGGACAGAGGCUCCCAUCUUGAACUCGUGCCAGACAAACAUGGCGGCCUUAAAGCGUUGAAAUCUUCCCAAAGAUCUGCCUUCUGGAUGGGACCCGGUCAAAACCUGAAGCUGAAGGGCGACACGAGCUAUGCAGUCAGUGGUUACGCCAAAAUGCUGAACAAUAAAAAUGGGACAAUGUUCCAGAAGCUGGACAUCUCCGGAGCCGUACAUUGGACAAAUGGAAGAACGGACUAUUUCACCUAUGCCAGUCGGAGUUUCCUGGAUUCUAGUGUGGGCUGGUUCGCCUUACAAGGCUCAUUCCAUACGCCCAGCCAGGCUUUCACCUCUGUGGACGUGUAUGUUCAGGGUCCCGACCCAGGAGUUGAUUUUCUCCUGGAUGAUAUGUCCCUAACAGAAGUGGACGACUACCCCGGAUGGAAAGAGGAAGCAAACGCUCGGGUCGAGAAAUAUCGAAAGAGCGACGCUGUGUUAAGAAUUCAACUCGAUCCAGGUUUUAAAGCCAAUGACAUUGAGCUUCAGAUCAACCACGUGAAUCACAGCUUUGGUUUUGGCACAGUAGUGAGUGAUGCUCACCUGUUAGACCCGAAUGCCGAGCACUACCGCGAGCUUUUGUUUCAAAUGUUUAACUGGUACACAAUUGGCUCCUACAAAUGGAAAUAUUCCCACGGCACUCCGAACCACCCGGAUUACCGUGAAGCUAUCGCUGCAACUGAAUACCUCAAAAAUAGAGGGCUGCCUGUCAGAGCACACAAUAUGUUCUGGGCAGUGAAGGGUAGUGUGCCGAGCUGGGUGUGGAGUCUGUCUGGGCAGCAGGUGGACGAGACCGUAAACAGGCGGAUUAGCUACAUGACCAACAUCACGAGGGGCAAAGUUGAGCAUUGGGACGUGAAUAACGAGUUACUGCAUGGGCAGUUUUUUGAGGAAGCAACGGGUGACAGGGACUACUCCAAGAAAAUGUUUGCCAGGGUUCACCAGGCCGAUCCCGACGUAAAGUUGUUCCUCAAUGAUUACGACGUUGUGGCAAGAGGAGGCAGCACUGGGGCGUAUGUUGCCCAAGCCAAAGAAUUCAAGACGGCGAACGUGGGACUGUAUGGACUGGGUCUGCAAGGUCACUUCAGAAGCAAUAUUAGACCUGACCCAGCUCUAUUAAAGCUCCGCCUGGAUCUGUUCUCUACUGUGGGCCUUCCUUUGUGGAUCACAGAACUGGACUUGUACGUGGAGAACGAAACUACAAGGGCAGACUGGUACGAAACGGCCUGGAGGAUGUUCUUCAGCUGUCCGGCCGUCGAGGGCAUCAUCAUGUGGGGCUUCUGGGAUCGUCUUGAACACCGAGGACCCGGGGCCAGUUUGGUUAACGGCAAUAACUUUUACAUAAACGAAGCUGGUCAAAGAUGGCUAAAGCUCACCAAAGAAGAGUGGAGCACAAAAUUGACAUACCCUGUGUCACUAGGCACGACCUUCCGGUUCCGUGGUUUCAGAGGAGAUUAUGAGAUCAUCAUGAAGAAGAACGGCAAUCCGAUAAAAGUACAGACGUUCACAUUAGAUAAGUCCGGCAGCGUGGUUGAUGUCUUAGUGGACGGCGAUGGACACACCAUCUCGGUCAGCCCUAAGCCAACCCUGCCUCCGUUCAUCAGCGGGGGACAUUCGCACAAAGAGUUUACCAUUAACCCGCGCACGGUGGGACAUUCGACCUCUGGGUCUGGGGACAGCCUGCAGUGUGUGAGUCGAUACUCGGGUCUUUCUCAGGUUGGAGAUGAUCAGAAAGCAAGCAUUAGCUGUGAAGAUGGAGAGGUCAUGACAAGCUGCUCCAUGCAAACCAAGGACAACCGAGACUUCCGGGACGGUGACCAGAUUGAGAUGUAUCACGGGAAAAUAACGUGUAUUGCUGUAAACGCUUUUCGAUCGGCUGCGCCCGUGCAGGCCAUUGCCCGAUGCUGUAAGCUAACCGGGAUGAGUUGUUCGUAUGAGGCAUCUGGUCCGACCCCCAAACCUGUGACCGACGGCGACCAGGCCGUGACCACCUGCCCGACAGGCUCAUUUGCAACAGGUUGCACGUCGUACACAUACUUUGGCAAUAUGGAUGGGGCGUUCCACCGAAGCACUUCCUGUGUUGCGCAGAUGGAUGGGACAAACAAAGUCGAGGGAGGUGUAUUUUCCUACGCUGCCUGCUGCUCCGCCCCGCGCCUGAACUGCCGCCCGGUGACAUCGGAGAAUAGCGGAGGGCUUAUCGGAGACACAGCCUCAGUUCAGUGUCACCCCGGAGAAGCGAUGACUGGUUGUAGCGUGAUGUCAGACGACGGCCGGACAGCAGGCGCUUAUAUUACCGAAGACGAGCUCCCCUCUUGUGUAGCCGUCAACGGCGGUACCCGGUUCGUCGGGGAGAAGGGCGUGGUAGCCAGUGCCAUGUGCUGCCUUCAAGGCAUGGUCUAG